UUAUAGUCAUUUACAUUUGUGGAACUUCUUUAUGGAGCUUGGACAAAUUCUUUAGGUUUACUUAGUGAUGGUUUUCAUAUGUUAUUUGAUUGUACAGCACUUGUUGUUGGUCUUUAUGCAGCAUUAAUGUCACGAUGGAAACCAACACGUGUAUUUUCAUAUGGAUAUGGUCGUGUUGAAGUUCUUUCUGGUUUUGUGAAUGGUUUAUUUCUUGUUGUUGUAGCGUUUUUUGUUUUCUAUGAAGCAAUCGGUCGACUUGUUGAACCACCAGAAAUUAAUACAAAUCGUUUAUUAAUUGUAUCAGUUGCUGGAUUUGCUGUGAAUAUGAUUGGUAUCUUUUCAUUCAGUCAUGCUCAUGCACAUGCUCAUGGUGGCGGUGGUGGUUGUGCUAUGAGCCAUCCAACUCCAGCGAAAGAACAACAUGGCCACUCUCAUGAUGCACAUGAUCAUUCUCAUUCACAUUCACAUUCACAUGGACAUUCGCAUGAUGAUAGUGGGCAUGAUCAUGGACAUUCACAUGGAUCAAGUGAAAAAUCAAAUCAACACGGACAUAGUCAUUCAAUGAGAGAUAAUGCUAAUAUGAAAGGAGUUUUUCUUCAUGUAUUAGCUGAUACAUUAGGCAGUGUUGGUGUAAUAAUAUCAUCAUUACUUAUUCAAUUUUUUGGUUGGAAUAUAUCAGAUCCUAUAUGUUCAAUAUUUAUAUCAGUAAUGAUCUUUCUUUCCGUACUUCCACUUUUGAAAGAUAGUGCUAUGACACUUCUAUUACAAACUCCAUCAAAUAUUCAAUAUGAAAUUCUUGAUCGAAUACUUAAACUUGAUCAAGUUCAAUCAUAUUCAGAUGAACAUUUCUGGAAUCUGACAUCAUCAACUAUUGUUGGAACUAUUCAUAUACAAAUUGCUAAUGAUGCCGAUGAACAACGUGUUACAGCUCAAGUUCAAGCAAUUCUUAAAGAAGCUCAAAUACAAAAUGUUGCUAUUCAAGUAGAAAAACAAGUAUUUUUAAGUCAUUUAAAUGGACUUAAUUCUGCUCUUGGUCAAUUAGCAUCAUCACAAAGAACGUUUUCACAUAGAUAA